CUGUCAAAAUGUAAGUGUUUUUGAAUUUGAAAAAAACAAAAUGGACGAACACGACGCCAUUGCAAUCGUGGGGGUUGGUUGCAGAUUUCCCGGUGCUGAUGGCUUGGAAGAAUUUUGGCGAGUCCUAAAAAAUGGCGAAGAUCAUGUCAAGGAUAUUCCAAAAGAAAGGUUUAACGUUGAUGCCUUUUUUGACAGCAAUCCGGACGCACCAGGAAAAACAUAUAUAAGGAAAGCAGGCAUAGUUUCAGGCAUCAACGAAUGGGAUAACAGAUUUUUUGGUGUUGGGGAGAAUGAAGCGAAGCAAAUGGAUCACCAACAACAGAUUGUUUUGGAGUGUGUCUACCGAGCCAUGGAAGAUGGCGGCUUUACAAAGACAGAUUUUAACCAAUCAGACACGGGGGUGUAUCUAGGCGCAAUGAAUGGCGAAUAUGAAGCUGUUGCGGGACACGAUCUGAAGCAGAUGACCAAUUACUCAGUGACAGGACUUCAGCGAAGCAUCAUUUCCGCCAGAGUGGCCUACUUUUUGAACCUUCACGGUCCAGCGAUUACUCUGGAUACAGCUUGUUCUUCUUCCCUUGUUGCAAUUAACACCGCUGAACAAGCCAUCAAAUCUGGAGAGGUAGAUAUGGCUAUAUGCGGAGGAGUUAAUGUCUUAUUAAGCCCAACCAUGCCGAUUGCAUUGGCAAAAGCUAGAAUGGCCUCAAAGACUGGAAAAUGUCACACUUUCUCCAAGAAUGCUGAUGGCUAUACCAGAGGAGAAGGGUGUGGAAUCGUCAUUCUAAAACGACUUGGUGAUGCUCUCCGUGACAACAACAAAAUUUGGGGGAUCGUCGCCAGUUCCUGCAACCAAGAUGGACAGGAGAAUUCCCCAAUUACGGCACCUGCGGGCGUUCAACAGGUCAAACUAUUGGAGAGAAUUUUCAAGAAAACAGCAGUGCAUCCCGGCAGCAUUCAAUACAUAGAAGCGCACGGAACUGGUACUCCUGUUGGGGAUCCCAUAGAAGUCAAUGCUUUGGGGGAAUUCUUUGGUUCCUAUUCUAAUGGCCAUAAUGUCAGAAUAGGAUCUGUGAAAACAAAUAUAGGGCAUCUUGAAUCGGCGGCUGGUAUUGCGGGACUCAUCAAGGUUCUGUUAAUGAUGAAACAUGGUCAGUAUGUGCCAUCAUUAAAUGCAGAAGAAUUGAACGAAAAUAUUCCAUUUGAAAAGUACAGAUUUGUAGUUGGCCGAGAUAAUGUAGAAUGGAAAAAAGAUAUCCAGGGCUGUAGAUUGGCUUGUAUCAAUUGCUUUGGUUUCGGAGGCACAAAUUCACAUGCAAUAGUAUAUCAAAAAGAAAAUCUUAGUUUACUUUCUAAAACAAACAAAGACUGUACGAAAGAAGUCUUAUUUCCCAAUCACAGAGUGGUUGUGGUUUCUGCAGUUACAAGACAAUCAUUGAAAGAAAUAGCCCAAGAUCUCAGGCAAAAUUUGAAUGAGAAGUUGGAGGAUAUAUCAUCUACAUCUGUGUUUAGGAGGGAGCAUUUCAAAUACCGUGAACUGAUAGUUACGAAUUCAAAAAGCAAUCUAAAUGAUCAAUUGAAAAGUGUUGCAAUAAAAGAUGACCACACUGUUUCUGGAACGUUUUCCAAGUCACCAAGCAUAGUAUUUGUCUUCUGUGGCGUAGGGACAACAUGGACCGGUAUGUGUUCAGAAAUUAUGGCAAAAAGUCCUGUGUUCAGAAAAUGUGUCAUUGAAAUCGACACAUAUUUGGAAAAACUAAAUGCAAACAUGUCAAUGUACAAAACAAUUUUAAACCGAAAUGAAAUUUAUGACAAUCCAAUGAAAACUCACAUAGCAAUUUUUACCAUACAAGUUGCUCUCGCUGCAUCUUGGAGACACAUAGGUAUAAAUCCUUCUGCAGUUGUCGGGCAGUCCGUUGGUGAAGUGGCUGCAGCUUACGAGUGUGGUUCACUUUCACUUGAAGAUGCUGUUACCGUUAUUUAUCACAGGUCACUUGCAUUAACGGCUUGCCAAAGUGGCGCGAUGAUGGUCAUUCGAAACUGUGCAACGGAAGAGGUAAACGAAGCAUGUAAAGAAAUUUCCAAAGGUAGCAGAAACAAAGUCAAUAUUGCCGUCUACAACAGCAGCGAAUCGAGCACUGUAUCUGGAGAUAAAGAAGCGCUUGAAGAAUUAAAGACACGUUUGCCAAGUGAUGCUAAGUUUAUUCCACUUAAUGCGCCAUGUGCAUACCAUAGCCAUCAUACAAAACAGGCCAGCGAACGCCUCUUUGAAAAACUGCAAAGUCUUCGUCCGAACACACCGCGAGUUCAGAUCUUUUCAACAGUCGCAGGAAAGGGAAUCCAGAAUGACUUUGCUACAGCAAAAGAUAGGACCAAGGCCUGUAUUCCAAGCACACGUUUCAAAUGUGUUUCCUGA